GAUUAUAAAGUGGUCAGACUGUUGUCUGCCAUUAGCUUGCAGACCUGGGGACCCUUAUCAGUUAAUUGCUAAAGCAAGUGUGGAUGACUUCAGCAGGCUGGGGUUGGCGUUCAUGGAAGAUAGACUCCAGAUGGAUGAUGGACUGGUACCCCAAAAGAUCGUGUCAGUGCAUUUGCAGGACUCCACUCUGAAGGAAUUUAAGGACCAGGCUUCCAAUAAGCAAGGACAGAUUCUGCCGCCGAACCCCGAAAGUUCUCUUGAGAUUAAGCCUGAGAGAGACAUCAUGGAACACAUUGGCAAAGAGGCCCCGAAGGUUCCUGGCGAAGAACUCAAGCAGAGGAGGGGCAGUGCCUCUGGGAGUGAGCCUGCUGGGGACAGUGACAGGGGAGGGGGCCCUGCUGAGCAUUAUCACCUCCAUCUGUCUAGUUGCCACGAGUGUCUGGAACUUGAGAACAGCACCAUUGAGUCAGUCAAGUUUGCAUCUGCAGAGAACAUUCCGGAUCUUCCCUAUGAUUACAACAGUAGUUUGGAGAGUGUUACGGAUGAGAUUGGCCCCAAAAUAGAAGGGAGGAGAGUGAACAUCACAGGAAAGGCACCCAACAUCCUACUCUAUGUGGGCCCUGACUCCCAGGAAGCCUUUGGCCGGUUGCAGCAGGUGCGGUCUGUUCUGGCCGACUGUGUGGACACUGACAGUUAUGUUCUCUACCAUCUGCUGGAGGAGAGUGCUCUCAGAGACCCAUGGCUGGACAACUGCCUGCUGUUAGUUGUUGCCUCCACGGAGUCCAUUCCCGAAGACCUGUACCAGAAGUUCAUGGCCUAUCUUUCUCAGGGAGGGAAGGUGUUGUGCCUGUCUUCAUCUUUCACGUUUGGUGGCUUUCGGGUGACAAGUAAGGUUGUGCUGCAGGAGACGGUCCAGAGGCUGGUGUUCUCCAAAGCUGACCAGAGCGAGGUGAAGCUCAGUGUUCUGAGCAGUGGCUUUGUGUACCAGGAGGGCCCUGGAGAGCAGCUCAGCCUGGGCAGGCUUCAGGGCCACCUCGAGAAUGAGGACAAGGACAGGAUGAUUGUGCAGGUGCCUUUUGGAACUCAUGGAGGAGAAGCCGUCCUUUGCCAGGUGCACUUAGAACUACCUCCCAGCUCUGUAACCGUGCAAACGCCAGAGGAUUUUAACUUGCUCAAAUCUAGCAAUUUCAGAAGAUAUGAAGUUCUUAAAGAGAUUCUGACGACCCUCGGCCUAAGUUGUCACAUGAAUCAGGCUCCUGCCUUAACGCCUCUCUACUUGCUGUCAGCUGCAGAGGAAAUCUGGGAUCCUCUUAUGCAGUGGCUUGGGAAACACGUGGACCCUGAAGGAGUAAUAAAAUCCAGCAAGCUCUCUCUUAAAUUUGUUUCAUCCUACACAUGUGAAAUAGAAAUAACCCCAUCUUCUAUACCUGUGAUUACUGACACGGAGACCUUCUCAUCAGAAAAUUUUAACCUGGAGAUCUAUCGACAAAAUUUGCAGACCAAGAUAUUGGGAAAAAUAAUUCUGUUUGCUGAAGUGACACCCACAACAAUGAAUCUUCUGGAUGGGUUGAUGUUUGAGAUGCCACAGGAAAUGGGCUUAAUAGCGAUCGCAGUUCGGCAGACCCAGGGCAGAGGGCGGGGAAGGAACGCAUGGCUGAGCCCCGUGGGAAGCGCCAUUUCCACCCUGCUCGUCUCCAUCCCACUGAGAUCCUCGCUGGGACAGAGGAUUCCAUUUGUCCAGCAUCUGAUGUCCUUGGCCGUUGUGGAAGCAGUUCGGUCCAUUCCUGAGUAUCAGGAUAUCAACUUAAGAGUGAAGUGGCCCAACGAUAUUUAUUACAGCGACCUCAUGAAGAUUGGAGGAGUUCUGGUUAACUCAACGCUUAUGGGAGAAACAUUUUAUAUACUUAUCGGCUGUGGAUUUAAUGUGACUAACAGUAACCCUACUAUAUGCAUCAAUGACCUCAUCACAGAAUACAAUAAGCAGCACAAGGUGGACCUGAAGCCCUUAAGAGCUGAUUAUCUCAUUGCUAGAGUCGUGACCAUGUUGGAAAAACUGAUCGACACAUUUCAGGACAAAGGACCCAACGGCAUUCUCCCUCUUUACUAUAAAUAUUGGGUACACAGUGGCCAGCAAGUCCGGCUGGGAAGCACUGAGGGGCCAAAGGUAUCCAUAGUCGGCCUGGAUGAUUCUGGGUUUCUUCAGGUCCAUCAGGAGGGCGGCGAGGUUGUGACUGUACACCCCGAUGGCAACUCCUUUGACAUGCUAAGAAACCUCAUCGUCCCCAAACAGCAGUAGUGCUGGGUACCUCGAAGACGGGCCUGGGCCUG